GUGAAAGCUGUAAUUCCACUAUGAUACAGUUAGUUAUUCAAUGCUACUGUGUUCCAUAUAAUAAUAUUCUCUCCUAAUAAUUGAAUCACUUUCUCCAAAUUUAUGGGCUUAUCAUAAACAAAGCUUAAAGCAACUCAAAUUCAACACAUCAUUACAUCAAAAAGAACAAUAAAUGUAACAAAAAAACAUCAACCUAGAAACUAAUUUUAAUCACCAAUGUAAUAAAAUGUAGUAGAAAAAAUAACCGUCACAACUCCAGAUCUCAAAGAAUUCUUCAAUUUGAAAGAGAGAGAGAUGCAAUAAUCAAUCAGAUCAGGAAAUUCAGUUACCAUUAUUCAUCCUCCACCACUCACCAUGCCUCCACCACUCACCCCCACUCUCCUCCUCCUCCUCGUCGCCGCCGCCGCCGCCUCCGCCGCGGCGCAGGACUCCGAUCUCGAUCCCGACUGCACGGACCGAUGGAUCCACAUCCGGCAACUCCCGCCACAAUUCAAUCUGGAUCUCCUCUCGAACUGCUCGGAAUACCCGGUGUUUGACGACUUCUGCCCCUACGCCGGCAACCACGGCCUCGGGCAGAAAACCCACAACUCCUCCCGCAGCUGGUACCGCACCGACCCCCUCAUGCUCGAGCUCAUCUUCCACCGCCGCAUGCUCGAGUACCCCUGCCUCACCGCCGACCCCGCCCUCGCCGCCGCCGUCUACCUCCCCUACUACGCAGCCCUCGACGCCCUCCGCUACCUCUACGGCCCCGACCAGAACUCCAGCUUCCUCCACGGCCUCGACCUCUUCCACUUCCUCACGCGCCUCGACCGCCCCUCGAUCUGGCACCGCCGCGGCGGCCACGACCACUUCCUCGUCAUGGCCCGCCCCGCCUGGGACUUCAGCCAGCCGCUCUCCAACGAUCCGCCCAUCUUCGGCACCUCCUUCCUCGAAACCCCGGAGUUCUUCAACGUCACCGCGCUCACGCUCGAGGCACGCGCCUACCCCUGGCAGGAGCAGGCCGUCCCUUACCCGACGUCGUUCCACCCCCAAAAUCUAGGUUUCCUCGAGUCCUGGACGCAGCGCGUGCGCCGCACGCGCCGCUCCUCGCUGAUGCUAUUCGCCGGCGGCGGCGGGAUCUCGGCGAAUCCGAACAUCCGCCGCAGCAUCCGCCUCGAAUGCGACAACGUCACAGCCCUAAUUACGAACGGGACCGGAUACGAUAAAUUCUGCGAUUUCGUGGACUGCUCGAACGGGAUCUGCGAGCACGAUCCGAUUAGAUUUAUGAAGCCGAUGCUGCGGGCGAGCUUCUGCCUGCAGCCGCCGGGGGACACGCCGACGCGGCGGUCGACGUUCGACGCGGUGGUGGCGGGUUGCAUACCGGUGUUCUUCGAGGAGCUGUCGGCGAGAAGGCAGUACACGUGGCACCUGGCGGAGGAGGAGUAUAGGGAGUUCUCGGUGUUCAUACCCAAGGAGGAGGUAGUGGGGAAAGGGGUGAGGAUAUUCGAUGUGUUGAUGGGGAUUCCGAGGGCUGAGGUGAGGCGGAUGAGAGAGAAAGUGGUGCAGGUGAUGGAGAGGGUGAUGUACAGGAAGCAUGGGAGCUCCUUGGGGUUGAGGAGUAAGAGAGAUGCCUUCGACAUUGCUGUUGAAGGAGCCCUGCGCAGGAUUAAGUCCAGACUUGAGGAGAUUUCAGCUCAGGAACAGGGAUGAUCUCUUUUGUUUUUCUUCGGAUUUUUUUUUUGGGGGGGUCCUGACUCCUGAUAUGUAAUUAAUUAGUUACACCUAUAAAUUUUGGUUUCGCAUUGAUUGGGUAUAAUUUAUGUGAUUACACCAUCGAAUUAACGAGUUUCUUUCAGGAAA